AUGAAAUUUCUCAUUUCACUCGGCCUCUUCGCUGUCACAGCAGCCCAUCUCUCUUACUAUUUUAUGGAAAUGUUCCAUCCACCAUUCAUUAACGAUGCGAGCUGGGACGCUCAACACGAGUACUACGAUAUCCUCUUCAACAAAACGUUGACAAUAACUGAGCAGAAGAAGGAACUCAGGGCCUGGGCAGAGGAAAACCAUCUUACGAAGGAAGUCACGAGUUUCUUCAGUCAAAUCGGCGAAGGCGUGGAAAAAAUGAAUAAGAAUGUGACCAAAUUGAUUCACGCUUUACCAGUAGCCUUCAGAAAUCUCACUAAAAUACUGAAGAACGAGCAUCAGACGAUGUCUCAGAUGUCGGAGGCCAUGGAAAAACUAAAGGCGGAGCACCCAUCGGUCUUCCGUGUGUUGGAUACCGCUAUGAAAGAAGUCAUGGGUGAAAAUGAACCAAGCGGAUCCGAUGCAAAAUCGCAAGAACUACGAUACCCGAUCCCUAGAAUCCCUAGAAGACAAGUCUCUCACAGAGUUAGACGGCAAAUGGGACUUGAAAAUUCCAGGAGCAUUUGGGGUUUCAAAUGA